CAAACCGCGGGUGGGAAAUAUUCAGUUGGCCGAUUUUAAAAGCCAAUCAUCUGUAAGUCCUUUCGGAUAGAGUUUGUAUAAAGUAUUAUUUAAAGCAUAAAAGAGAGAUAUUUAAGUGUGAUCUUCGUUUAGAUUGUUUGAAAAAGAAGAAAGAAGUAGAGAAAUCGGCCGCUUUACGUUUGCUUAUGAAUAUUGGGCAGGUACACUACACAGACGAACCCAUAUUUUUCUUCUUCUCUUUUCGAUAGAUGAUGGACAGUGGAGGCUAUUCUUUACCCUCCGGGGCUGAUGGGGUUAAGAGAAAGGUGUGUUAUUUCUAUGAUCCAGAGGUGGGAAAUUACUAUUAUGGACAGGGUCACCCUAUGAAGCCACAUCGCAUUCGGAUGACUCAUGCCCUUCUCGCCCACUAUGGUUUGCUUCAGCGUAUGCAGGUCCUCAAGCCUUUUCCUGCCCGAGAUAGAGAUCUUUGUCGCUUCCAUGCUGAUGAUUACGUCUCUUUCCUCAGGAGUAUUACGCCUGAAACUCAGCAGGAUCACCUCCGCCAACUCAAGCGCUUUAACGUUGGUGAAGAUUGCCCUGUCUUUGAUGGACUUUACUCCUUUUGCCAAAUUUCUGCUGGCGGCUCUGUUGGUGGUGCCGUCAAGUUGAACCAUGGGCUCUGUGAUAUUGCUGUCAAUUGGGCUGGUGGCCUGCAUCACGCUAAGAAAUAUGAAGCUUCUGGCUUUUGCUAUGUCAAUGAUAUUGUCUUGGCCAUUUUGGAGCUACUUAAACAGCAUGAGCGUGUUUUAUAUGUGGAUAUUGAUAUCCAUCAUGGAGAUGGUGUGGAGGAGGCCUUUUAUACAACUGAUAGGGUAAUGACUGUUUCAUUCCACAAGUUUGGAGACUAUUUUCCUGGUACAGGAGACAUACGUGAUAUUGGUUAUGGAAAAGGAAAGUACUAUGCUCUAAAUGUUCCAUUGGAUGAUGGUAUUGAUGAUGAAAGCUAUCAAUACUUGUUCAAACCGAUACUUGGAAAAGUGAUGGAAGUUUUUAGGCCCGGUGCUGUGGUUCUCCAAUGUGGUGCUGACUCACUGUCUGGGGAUAGGUUAGGAUGCUUCAAUCUUUCAGUCAAAGGUCAUGCAGAAUGUGUCAAAUUUAUGAGAUCUUUCAAUGUGCCACUAUUGUUGUUAGGAGGUGGUGGUUAUACUAUUCGCAAUGUUGCUCGUUGCUGGUGCUAUGAGACUGUAGUUGCACUUGGUAUGGAAGUUGAGGACAAGAUGCCACUAAAUGAGUAUUACGAGUAUUUUGGUCCAGACUAUACUCUUCAUGUUGCUCCCAGUAACAUGGAGAAUAAGAAUUCAAAACAGUUACUCGAGGAAAUAAGAAGAAAGCUUCUUGAUCAUCUCUCAAAGAUUCAGCAUGCACCCAGUGUCCAGUUUCAGGAAAGACCACCUGACACUGAAAUUCCAGAGGCAGACGAAGAUCAAGAUGAUCCAGAUGAGAGGUGUGAUCCAGAUUCUGAUAUGGAAGUUGAUGAUGAACGAAAACCUCUACUGAAUAGCAUAAAGAGAGAAACGGUUGAACCUGAGCCAAAAGAUCUGGAGGGCUAUAAAGGAAGUGCUGAGAAUGCCAGAGGCUUUGAUACACAUGCUGAUGAAACUGCAAACACAGGUAUUGGAUACGAGUUUGAUGCGAUGAAGCAAGUGUAGAAGUAGAGCAAGAAAAACAUAAACAAGGCAUCUGAUCACAUGUUCCCAAAAUCACAAGCAAAACCCAGCUAAACAUCAACCAUUCAACGGUAAUGUGUUGUUGCAGAAGCUAUUGCUUUUGGCCGAAGAUGUAGAUACGUCAUUCUGAAUGAAUCAAAAUGUGUACUGGUCCUGCAAAUAUGAGUACUUAUCCAAAUGUGGCUUCCUUGAAGUCAUGUAGCUUGCUCUGUGAUGAGUUAUUAAAGCACAAACGGGGCCUUAAUUUAACUGAAAUAGCUGGAGGUUUUUCUCUGUGACUUGGGCACAACUCUCGUCUGUUAAUGCAGUGGUCUGCUUCAGUAUUACAGUUUUGUAUUAACUUUCUGUCCCAGGAUCUUACUUUAUCAUUGCAUUGGCGCUUACUAAUGGUAUAGCGUGUUCUCUCUCUUUUCCCAUUCA